UAAGGUGCUGUAAACCAGCAGUAUUUUUUCUCUUUUUCCUCUUGAGUAUAAAAAGCAUAUAGUUAAGCCAGAAGAUUACCCAACGUCAACGAUGCAUUACUUGAAACGCGCAACCUAAAUCGCCACAUAGAAAAAGGUCUGGGUGUCAUAAAGCACGAGGAUCGGCGUUAACAGGAGGAAAUAAGACACACUCUCCUGAUCACCAGUCGAUGUCGAGGACCCCUACGUCAUCGAGCCUAUAAAAUAGCUAUCUGUCCGACUCCUGAGAGCCAGCUGCCUUUCCCUCGGCCGUACUUAGAGCACUUCAUGCCUACAUCGUUACUACUCCAUCACUAUAUUUAAUCCUAUUACCAAGCCAAAUGACUUCGCAAAUCUACUACUCUUCGUUGCUUGCCGACAGCGUCGUCGGAAACCGUGACAGAAUAAAAGCCAUGGCUGCUGUGUCAGCUAUGGAAAUCGACGUCCCGGACGAGAUUCUGCUCGAGACCGACGGAUGGGCCCCAGAAGUAGCAGUUUCUGGCGCUUUGGCGCUCCUAUUAUCUGCCUAUCUCCGGGAAACAUCCUCCUCCUUUCACGUGUGCACCGGUACAUCUGGGCAAGUCUGGGAUGCCAGCAUCCCAGUUGAUCACGACUACAGUGCCCACGACUUUCUCAAGAGCAUUGAGGAGUCCUACCAGAAGAACAUCGAAUCGCCGGCCGCAUCGCAAACCUUCUGGUUGCUUAUAGAUAGCUUGACGGGCGCUUCCUAUCCGGAAGGUUCUCCUAUCCCACGUCAGAUCCUCUGCACGGUGAAAAAGUCAGGGGCAUGGCGUUCGCUUGACAUGGGGAUCAGCGAAGAGAGCUCUUCCGCUCAUGCACGAUUUGUCGCUCAAUUGGUACACGUUACGAGACAGCUGCUGGCUGCGACAAGUCGCGGACAGACACUGCGGGACCUUGACUUGGUCUGUGAUCAGGAUCGACGAGACCUACAACGAUGGAACCAGCAGCCCCCCUUAACCGUGGCAUCCACAGUCCACGAGAUAUUCAGACAGAGAAUGUUGGAGGACCCAGAAUCACAAGCUGUGGAGUCUUGGGACGGCGGGCUUACCUACCUGGAGCUCGACGCCUUGUCCUCGCGUGUGCGCUCACUACUGCUUGAGGCGGGAGCCCGUCAAGGGGAUGUCAUCCCUCUUUGCUUCGAGAAAACUCUCUGGACCGUGGUGGCGAUGUUGGGCGUCCUUAAGAGUGGCUGUUCCUUUCUGGUCAUGGAUGUUUCGCACCCCACGAGUCGACUACAGACACUAUGCAGCGAAGCCAAGGCCACCAUCGUACUCAGCUCAUCUACUCAAAAAGAUAGAGCAAUCAACCUAGCACCGCGAGCCAUUGUCGUAUCUGCUUCCUCACUAUCGGUUUCUGUAGGGAAGGUGCAACGUCAGAUUGAAGUUAGUCCCUACGACGUAGCGGCUGUCAUCUUUACGUCAGGGACUACUGGCACGCCGAAAGGGGUUCAGCUCGAACACAAAUCCCUGUGUUCCAGUCUGUUGGCUUUGGCCGAGUUCUUCGGCGUAUGCAGGCAAACUCGGUACUUCCAAUUUUCGUCUUACGCAUUCGAUAUCGGGUUCGGAGAAAUCCUCAUGACGUUGAUGCGCGGCGGUUGCAUCUGCAUUCCCUCCGAUGCCGAUCGUUUGAAUAACCUCGCGGAAUCCAUCCGCCAUUUCAACGCCGAUACGGUCUUUCUCACGCCUACCGUCGUGCGGCUACUUUCACCAUCCGACGUCCCGUGCCUGACAACACUGCUUUGUGGCGGAGAGAAAGUGACACAAGAUAUCGUGGGGACGUGGGGAGAUAAAUUGGAUUUGGCUAUAGCUUACGGUCCUGCGGAAGCCACAUUUGCAUGCGUCUGCAAGAUAGCCCGUCCUGGGGGGGAUGGCGCUGUUAGUAUUGGGUUUCCUGUCAACGGCCGUUCUUGGGUAGCGCGCCUGGAUGACCCGACUAAGCUGGCUCCCGUCGGAGCUAUCGGGGAACUAGUAAUCGAAAGCCCGGGGGUUGCCCGUGGUUAUAUCAACAACGCACAGGGUAACGCACACUUAUUCCAUGACUCUCCGCCGUGGGCUAAAGACUGGGAACUGAGAGUGCCCUCGAUGGGACGGAGCUAUCGAACUGGCGACUUGGUUCGAUACGCCGACGAUGGCGAAAUAAUUUUCAUAGGUCGACGUGAUCGCCAGGUGAAAAUUCAUGGCCAGCGGGUAGAGCUGGAGGACAUCGAGACCAAACUGAAACAGCACCUUCAACUCCCUCGAGCCAACAUACUCCUUGAGGUGCUCGACGUACACGGCACUGCCAAUCUCGUAGCUUUUCUGCAUCACCCUAGUAUCCAGGACACUGCGCAAAUGCCUGAAGAGAUGGAGCUGGAGAUCGAACGACUUCGUGUACGCAUCUCAGAAGUGCUUCCCGCCUACAUGUGGCCCGUGGUAUGGAUACCCCUAAAGAAAGUUCCCCUGGGUCCCACCGGGAAAAUGGACCGACGUAAGCUGGUAAGCCUCGGAAUGGAUUUCUAUUCCAGAUUGAGAACGGGUGAUGAAGAAGACAAGGACCUGUCGCCUGCUGAGUCGAUACUGGCCCAGAUGUGGAGACAUAUUCUUCAAUCUACUCAAAGUCUCACGUCGGACGCAAAUUUUUUCCAACUUGGUGGGGACUCGCUCCGAUGUAUGAAACUGGUAGCGAUGGCCAAUCGGGAAGGUUAUUCUUUGACCGUGGAAAAGGUGUUCAAAAAUCCAACACUAUCUGGCAUGGCCAUCGUGAUGCAGCAAGUUCCUGCUGCUGACCUAAGUGUUGUCCCAGCCUCCGCCUCACUCACACAAGACGAAGCUUCUGAAUUCCGGUCCCUGCUGGAAGAAUACGGCCUUGAUCAGGAGCGGGUCGAGGGCGUAUUUCCUUGCACAGAUCUCCAAUCAGGGUUAUUUUCGCUCUCGCUGGCGCUACCGACUUUGUACUCUAGCCAAUGGGUAUUCAAUUUCUCGUCUGCCGUGGACAUACAAAAAUUCAAGACAGCAUGGAAGAGUGCGCUUAAUGUCUUCCCGAUCCUAAGAACCGCAAUCGUGCCGUCCCAUUCUAGGCUCUUGCAGGUGGUACUCGGAUCUCAAACGGAGUGGACAGAGGUCAAGCAAGAUCUCGCAUCGUUCCUAGCUGCAGACAAAGCAGUUUCUUUUCAGCUUGGCCAGCGUCUAAGUAGGGAGUACCACGUACAGGACCCAUUAUCCGGUCAAUCUCAUUUUGUCUGGACGCUUCACCACGCGGUAUUCGAUGGUUGGAGCAUGGGGCCUGUGGUCGAUCACAUUCGCCAGAAGUACUACUCCCCCACAGAGACUGUGCAACCAACAGGAAGCUUCCGACAGUUUGUGCAGUUCUGUGAGAGUCUGAACCGAGAUGAAUGUGUUGCAUUCUGGAGAAAGCAGCUGGCCAAUGCACCAACACCGUCAUUUCCCAAUUUCCCAAAGGCCGGCCAUCUAGCAGCAGACAGAUCUUGCUUGCGGCACACUAUGGCAGCCCCCAUAGCGGCCACCACGUCUAUAACGGUUUUGGCCAGAGCGUCGUGGGGCCUACUUCUUUCAGAGUACGAGGGUUCAGACGACGUCACGUUCGGAAACUCACUUCACGGCCGUAAUUCCCUGCCUCCGAACCUGCAGGAUGUCGUUGGGCCGACACUCGCAACGUUGCCGAUCAGGGUGAGAGUUGAUCUCGCUCAGACAGUUCAGGGCUUUUUAGAUGGCCUCCAAGAGCAGUUCUCGGCUAUGAUACCAUAUGAGCAGUUUGGUCUCUCCCGCAUCAUGGCCAUAAGCCCAGAUGUGAAGAAUGCCGCCUCGUUCCGGACGCUCUUGAUCGUCCAAGUCGCAGAUACCGAAUCCCUGGAGGAGCAAGGUAUCAGGCUGGAGGAAGUCGAGAGAUCCUUACACGAAUAUCCAUUGGUACUUACACUUUUUCCUGGCAAGUCUGAUAUUGAAUUGGUCGCCACGUUCGACAGCGACGUCAUUUCGCCAGCACAGGUCCAAAGGAUUCUUGAGCAAUUUGAACAAACGUUGCACGAACUCAGCACGGUGCCUAGGGACACUAAAGUCGGCGACCUGGAUCUCACAAGCGAAGCAGACAAGUUAACCAUGUUCGCGUGGAACGCUAGGCAUUACAAGGCUCAUGAGGUCUGCGUUCAUGAGUUGAUCCGAGAGCAAGCAAGACACUCCCAAGCUUCUCCGGCAAUCUACUCUAGAGACGGCACCAUGGAUUACGCGACCUUGGACCGGCUGUCCGACGGCCUAGCCGGGAAGAUGGUGCGAUCCGGCGUGAAACCGGGCGACGUGGUUGGUGUCCUUUUCGAGAAGUCGCAGUGGGCCAUAGUAAGUAUCUUGGCUGUCAUCAAAACAGGCGCCGCCUACGCGCCCAUGUCGCCGUCAUAUCCGCGAACACGUCUCGAAGGAAUUGCCCACGAUGCCGCUAUCAAACUCGUUGUCUGUUCUCCACUACAAGAGCAAGCCUUUCCCAACCCACCUUGGCACACUCUCGUCGUAUCUGACGACACGGCUUACUGUUUAACAUCGGCUGCGCAGGUCUCCCCGUAUGGCCAAGUUGCGACUCCGGACAGCCUUCUUUACAUCCUUUCGACGUCAGGAACGACAGGAACCCCUAAAAUCUUUGGAGUCCAACACAAGGCCUUUGCCACUGGGGCUAUGGCUCGUGCGCCCUUUCUCAAGCGUGGGCCUGACUCUCGCGUGCUGCAAUUCGCGCCGUACGCCUUCGACCCGAGCGUCGAGGAUAUACUGACCACCCUCAUGUUCGGUGGCUGUAUCUGUGUACCGUCAGACGACGAUAUUAUGGGCGACAUCAGUGCGUUUAUGAAGACGGCGCGAGUCAACUUUGCCAACAUCACUCCUUCAAUAGCCUAUACUUUAAAGGAGAAGGAACUGCCGGAUUUCAAAAUGUUGCUCCUCUCCGGGGAAGCUCCUGACCAAGCUCUAGUGGACAAAUGGAGCGGUCUCGUACAGGUCAUGAACGGGUACGGGCCGAGCGAGUGUUCUGUCAAGUGCGCCAUCAACUGCAACUUGUCCCGAGACGACCCUCGGAACAUUGGUCACGCUGUAGGAACCAGCUUAUGGGUUGUAAGGCCCCAAAACCACGAUCGCCUCACUCCUCUCGGGGCAGUUGGGGAACUCAUCAUCGAGAGUCCACAUCUUUCAUCAACAGGUUAUAUGAACCGCCCCGAAGCCAACGACAAGUUUAUCCUCAGCCCUCCAUGGUUGCGAGACUUCCGAGACGGCCACAUCGGGCGGCUGUACAAGACGGGCGAUCUCGUCAGGUACAUGGAAGACGGCAGCAUCUUGUACAUCGGGCGUGGAGAUAUGCAACUGAAACUCCACGGGCAGCGGCUCGAGGCUGAGGAGGUACGGCAACGCAUUCAGGAAUCCCUCCUGGGUGAGCCGCUUCAAGUGGUGGUCGAUAUUGCAAGAUUUGAGGGACAGGAUUCGGACGUUCUCGUCGCUUAUCUGGCGCAGAAAGGGGAAUACCGGGCAGGCGAGAUGGAAAUUGAUUACGUCCUGCAGCGGCACCUGGCGGACAUGAAGGAAAGCAUCGUUCGCCAGAUCAGUACCGCUCUGCCGAAGUACAUGAUACCGUCCGUGUUUCUGGCAGUUUCAAAUAUCCCCGUCACAUCGAAUGGCAAGGCGGAUCGCCGCGCGCUCAAGGCUUUCGUCGCGCAACGGCGUCUCGGGCCUGACCUCCUUCGUUCUGGAGACGAUACAGUUCAACCACCUGCUACAGAAACAGAGAAGCUGCUACAUGGCCUGUGGCAAAAAUUGCUUGGGUUGAACGGCGAGCACUUCGGAGCCAAUUCCAGCUUUUUCGAGCUCGGUGGCAAUUCCUUGGCCGCAAUUAAGUUGGCAUCUGCGGCGCGAGAUCUCGGGCACAACCUCCCGGCACAGGUAAUAUUCAAAAACCCGGUCUUAUCCGCUAUGGCUGCUCAGAUGGUAGCUCUGAAGGAGACGAAAACAUCGGAUACGCCCAGGUUCGGCUUGCUGGAAAAGAUCGAUUGCAGUGUCAGCGAACUGAGGAAAAGUCUCGCUGUUCACAACAUCGACGAGCAAAAUGUCGAAGACGCAUAUCCACUCACGAGACAGCAGCAGCGGUACAUAGAAGGGGAGAUAAUUUCGCCAGGCGGCACUACCCACCGGCAUAUUAUGCCAUUACCGGCCACCACAGACUUGGUCAGACUCGAGACUGCCUUGUGGCGUGUUGUACGGGCGAACGCACUUCUACGGACUCGAAUCGUACCGGUAUCAUCACAAUUCGUCCAGGUCGUGCUUAAGGAAGACGACUUUGUUUGUCGCCACGUCGAGGCCCUUUCGUCGCUCGUCUCCGAGGAUCGGAAGGUAUCAUGGGGUCUCGGACGACCGCUAUCACGAUUUAGCAUCGUGGAUGGUGGGAACUCUCAAGAUCGGUGGCUCGUCUGGUCAAGCGCUCACGUUGUGUUCGACGGCUGGUCCAGAAAGUUGCUGCUGGAAGAAAUCGACUAUGCGUAUCACCACAAUGAUGACCCGCCAAAACGGCCGCAGUACAACAGAUUCAUCGAGCACGUCUACGAUCUAGAGAAAGACGAAGCUCGUUCCGCGCUUCUAAAGCGACUGGAGGACACCAACUUCAUGUCUUACUUUACCAUGGACGGCACAAAGGUCCCAGGUACCACUCACACUUUGUCCCUCGGCAUCGAGUUUCCGGCCAAGCUCCCAGCUGAACUGUCCUAUGCGACCGUGAUGCUUACGGCUUGGGCAAUAGUCGCAACACACGUCGAAGAAAGUGACCAUCUCCUGUUCAACCUACUGUUGGGUGGUCGAGAUGCCGAGUUCACAGGAAUCGACAGGCUCAUGGGACCUGCGAGCACCACAGCCCCUUUGGCCACCAACAUCAACAAUAACUUGACUUUCUGGGAGAACGUAGAACUCAUACAGAAGCGAAUUGACGAAGCCGGUAGUGUGCAGCACUUAGUCCGACUCGGCGACAAGUUGCAGCAGAUGCUAGCGUCGGUCCCCGUCGUAGUCGUCCAUCCUCCCGAUGAUUACGAGGAAGCAGGGACCAAACACCUCGGACUGUUCAGAAGCCACGUUGAAGCGGUCCGGCCGCUCGUAGACGCCAUGUUCAUGAACUUUUGCCUCCAACCUGGCAAUGCCGGGGUAGAUCUUGUGAUGACGAUCGACUCGAGGUUUUUCCCUGUGGAUAAGGCUGUUCGGUAUUUUGGAUGCCUGGAACAACUUUUCAUGGCUAUCUUCACCCCCGGGGGUCUAAAUCUGACGAUUGCGGCGAUGAGUCUGGAUCGAAGUGCACUUACGAGCUCCGUAUCGAUAGUCAAGACAAUGUAAUCAGACACAGUGUUAAUAGGUCAGAAGCGAAGAUAGACGGCAUGGAGCUGAU